UAAGAAAUAAGAAAUCAAUUCUGACACGACAACGGAAAUAGAAUAAAAGAGAGGACCAAAAAAAAAAACCUUAAAAUACUUUUGAUCUGUGCGUAGCAUAUGGUUGUUGUGUCUCUUCAUCAUCAUCUCCAUCCUCGAAUCUCGAUCGCCACAUCACCGGUUUCUAGCCUUCACGAUGUGCCUUUGAGCAUGAGAUUUGGAUUGACGCGACAUCUUCCUUUGAUACGAUCUUUCCCCAUUCGACGGAGGAGACUGAUAAGAAGAAGGAGGAUAACAAGAAGGAGGAGGUUUCGGUUCCUCCACCGCCGGAGAAACCAGAGCCUGGCGAUUGUUGCGGUAGCGGCUGCGUCCGAUGCGUUUGGGAUGUCUACUACGAAGAGCUCGAAGAUUACAACAACACGCUUUCCAGACUUGCUAAAUCCAAUUGAGUGAAAAGAAAUUGUGAUUUUUUCACGCAUUUGUUUUGUCACUGGGAAACAAAAAUUAAACAAUGAUUUGUCUAUGUCCAUCUCUCUCAGUGCUUUUGUUUUAACCAACAUUUUGGAUUUCUCUAUGAACUUGAGCUCAUGCUUUUUUA